GAUGUGUUAGCAUGAGGUUAACGUUUCUCUACAGACUCCUUUUCUCUGUGGAUCUCAGCUAACAUGCAGCAAACUGGAGAAGCAGAACGAGAAGCUGAUCAACGAGUGUAAUCAGCAGGAUGAGGUCCUGAAGGACAUCUGUGAGUACCUGCACUGUGCCAAAGCUAAGAAGGAGAAGGAGACUGAAGAGCUGGCUAAGCAGCUGGAAGGCGAGAAGCAAACUGCAGAGCAGAACCUGAAGGACCUGAAGCUGCAGCAGAGCAGAGAGAUAGAAGAGCUACAGGAGCAGCUCAACAAGCUGAACUCAGACUUUAAACUGCAGGGGUGGCUGAGGAGAUCAUUAAGGCAACAAAUGAGUAUGCUGAGAAAAGGAUUUCAGAGAUUGUUCAGAAGGAGAGGGCUCUACUUGCUGAGUACCAGCAGCAGUCACAUCUGAUGUUGAGCACCAUGAAAGACCUGCUGGUUAAGAGGGACAACCUGGAACGCAGCCUGAAAAAGCACAGCGACGAGCAUGACAGUCUAAAGAAACAUGCUGUGAAGAUGAAGCAGGAGGUCUCAUACGAUGAGGAGAGGCUUGAGGGGCUGAAGAGGAAAUGUGAGCAGCACAUGUCAAGGCUGGAGAAAUACAGAUUGUAUCAAGAGAGCAAGCUAACUCAGCUGGAGGAUCUCAGGCAGCAAGUGGCCUCAGCAUCAGAGGAAUAUGAUCAAAAAUCAGGCCAUGUGGCUCAAGUGGAGGCGGAGCUUCAGAGGGAGAGGAACAGAGAGCAGCAGCUGGAGAGUGACAUGAAGAAAGCAGCCUCCAUUCUCAGACGCAUUGUGAUGGCCUCAGAAGAGAAAGAGAAGACUGAGCUGUUGCUAAGAGUGCAGAAGGUCCUGGAGAGAGACUUACCUGAGGACAUAGACUCUACCCUCACACACUACAUUUUGACCAGCUGUGGGGGAAAUACACCACAGACCACUGAUGCUGAACUGACCAGAGAGGAAACCGUGAAGAUGGCGACUGAUCCUCUGUUCCUGCUGGCCCGCUCUCGACCUGGAGACCUUGGCAUCAUACCCCGGCCCUCCUGGGAACAGUAG